GAAAAGUUGGCGAAAGACAAGGCUCGAAUGCUUCAGCGACACUCCCAGUCUUACGAGACUGACGAUGAUAAACGUUCGCAUAAGAAACAUGGAAGUCGAGACAACUCUCCGACUGCUUCCGAGCGUAGUACAAGAAAAGGAAAAGAUAGGAAAUCUAUAUUGAAGACAACAGACGAUGAUGAUGGUGGUUUUCAAGGACCUAGAGUUAGCUCCCUUGGAUCUACACCAGAUAUUUCUACAGCUGUUAGUGAAAGGGCGGCAUCAAACAAAUUCACUUACUGCUCACCUGCAGAACUGUCUCAAAAUAUAGCUCUAAGAUCAGACAAUCCUAGAAGCCAUGGCUCACAUGGAAAUCACCCCAGAUCUCACAGGCAACGUAGAAUGCGAGAUUACGAUUCUGAUACAGGUUACAGAAGUGACCAAGAGCUUAUCAAAUUCCGCCAACAACAACAACAAAUGUACCAAAGACUUAACGACAAUUAUAGUGAAAUAGUGCCAGUGACUCGACCAAAAGGUCGUAGACGUGACGGUUAUUCUAGUGACCUUGAAGGAUAUUCACAAAGGUCAAUGGGUGCUGCAUAUCAUGAAACUAGUGCUGUUGAUAAUAGGAAUUUAAGUAAUCGAAAUAAUUCAUUGACUCGUAGUUUUACGUAUGACACGAACCAGCAGAGUUCGCCAACCAAGUCUCAUUCUCAAUACUCACAUAGUGAAACAGUAAGAAAUGACGAACUGUAUGAACAAAACAUGGCCGACCCGAGUUUAAGUCAUUACCCAUCAUCCUCUCCUAGUCCUUUACAAAGAAGAAACAUUGUUGACCAAUCAACACCAUUGACACCUAAUCCAACGAGGAGUAAUUAUAAAAGUAAUGAUAGCUCCGAGUUUGAGUUAAAGAAAGAUUUGUUUAAUGCCCAGGAUCACCAUAGAAAUGAUGGAAUUAUUGAUCCUGAAAACAGAUAUAUGCCAAAUACUUCUGUGCAAUCUCAGGGAUCCAAUAGAGAUGAUAGCAGGCCAGUACCACCUUACAAACCUGCCCCGCCAUAUCCCUCAUCACCAGGGCAACGAAAACUACCACAAACACCAAACAGAACUUCGCCUUACGGUGUUUCAAUGUAUGAUCGACAAACCAGGAAUUCUCCAAUGAAGGACUUUCACCAACGAAUGCCAGAUAUUAAGGAAUCUAGAGACAGUAACACAUCUUUAAAUAGAUCAAGGUCACAGCUGAAUGGUAGAAAUAGUGACCUUGACAUGGAGGAUUAUAGAAAUAGUGACAAUUACAGUAGAAGUAACUAUGCUGAUAAUGUGCAAAGUGAUUCGCCACGGACAUCAACGUCGGACAGUGCUAACGUGUCAAGAACGUUUAUAGGUGCUCACCAAGGUGAUGUCACAUCAGCGUCAUCAAAAGAUUCUGGUAACUAUAGUUACCAUGACAGAACACUAGGUGAAUCACCAGUGAAUUUGAGAAACUCGCCUUUAACAGGUGUACAGGAAAGACGAGGCUCGCGGAAUUCUCCUUUAGAUUAUAUUCAUGAUCCACGGAGGAAUUUUGACAGAUAUGAUCAUUCUUUCCGUGAACCAACAACUGUACAUAUACCAACUAGGUACGAUGAGAUAGCUAUGUAUAAAAGUGAUGAACCACCAUCUCAAGUAUCAAGUUCUACUGAUAGUGGAUAUGGGCAUAAUUUGUUUGAAAAAAUGCUCGAGACGCAGAGAUUCUCAGGAAAUUCUAAAGGAUCACCGUCUCCGGAUCACUUUAAUUCGGAUUCAAAUACUUCCUCCUCCCAACCGGAUGGUGCUGGUCAGUAUUCAAGGGGAGCAACUCCUGUCAAUAAUGGUGACCCACAAAUAAGAGACGCGUCUAAUCAGGGACAGAGAUUUGAUAGGUUUCGUGUGACUAUAACAAAGAAUCCAGGGUUAGGUUUCAGCAUUGCAGGCGGCAAAGGGACUUAUGGGAAUCCCUUUAGGCCCACUGAUUUGGGUAUAUUUGUGACAAAGAUACAGCAAGGUGGACCAGCCGCCUCUACUCUGAAAAGAGGAGAUAAAUUAUUAGAGGUUAAUGGUCAAGAUUUCACUGCAAUUCAGCACACACAAGCUGUAAAUGUGCUGAAGUCAACGGGUAGUUCUGUACAACUUUGUGUAGAAAGGGAGAUAACUAGUUGACAGGAGGAGCAGCAGGCUAUUACCUGGAUCUAGUCAUAACAUAGUAAUCUCCCUUUAUACAACACAACUUUAGUAGGAAUUUAGGUGCAGUUUGAAAAUGAAAUUUUAUUUUUUCAAUAGAAAGUUAGUUUCAAUUUGAUUUGAAAUUUCAUGUUAUAUAAGUCUGAGGAGAGUUUUAGAACUUGUUAUAGAUGCCUUAUCGGAAAGGAAUUUUAGAAUUUGUCAUAGAUGCCUUAUCUGAAGAAAUUUUUAUUACUUAUGUUUACAAUAUUUGACAUUUUAUAUUAAUUUAGGUCAUUGGAAACAUCUAAUUUAGAUUAUUGCCUUUGCUCUUUUACCUAAAGAUAACAAAUCUUACAAGAUUUUACUGUAUUUUUUUUCUAGAUUAUGUUUUCAGUUCAAAGAUACUAAAUUAAGUUUACGUAAGGCGUGAAUAAUUAAGCCUCAGCCUAUUGUGAAUAUCUUUUAAACUGAUUAUAAUGAAAUUUUUAACAAAAUUCAUGUAAACAAAAGUUUCGUCAGUAAUAAUUAAGCUCUGGAAUAGCAAUGGAUAUAUUUUAAAAAAAAAAGCUAGUUACGUUUCCUGGUAAGUUAUGACAAUAAGUUGUGUUGUUUAAAAGUAGUCCUGGUAUGCAUAGAUCUGGUAGAGCCUGCUGCACUUCUCAGGCACUCAUAUAUAUUGAAAUAAUUUGCCAUGUUUGUAUAUACAUGUAGUUUUUCAAUGUGAUCUCUUCAAUUUUGUUGUUGCUGCUGAUGAUAUAUAUUAUUGUUUUAUACUGACUUUUUUCCUUAUCUACUCUGUUAAAUGUUUUGAAUAAUAAAACUAAUUCAGAAUAAUUUAUUGACAAGAAACUUACCUUUGUACAUGCACUGUGAUGCCAUUAUUCAUAUUUAUAUACCUCUUUUAUGUGGCAUUUGGUUAUUUCCUUUAAUGUUUUAUAUCCAAUAUUUAGUUAACAAUGAAAAUAUAAAAAAAAUUCUCUACCAUACUCUAUAUUAAUAAUUAUUGAUUAUGUGAUACUGAAAUCUUCUUGACUUGUAAUUGAGUAUUACAUAUUCCGACAUGAAAAAUCCAUUGCAAAUAAUUAACCAUAGUUAAAUAAGGUUGAUAAGAAUAAGUUUUAAGUAAAGUAUGAUCGUUUUUAAACAAUGUAAUACCCUGUAUCCAUAGUAACUUAAUAAAGUAUGGGAUCUGAAAAAGAAUGUUGCAAACUUCUCAUCACUUGCCUCCCAUUGUUGUAGGUUUGAAUCCUGUCAGGCAUUUAGCAAUCUUUGCAAGUGAGGAAGUUGUUGUUUGAAUCCUGUCAGGCAUUUAGCAAUCUUUGCAAGUGAGGAAGCUGUUGGGCUAGAUUUUAGGGAUAUUAGUGAUACUAACCAUGAGCCGUUUUAUACCAGAAAUAAUGCAUAGGUGGACUUCCUCAGACAGUAUAAGAUAGAAAAUUGUCACCCUAGGCAGUGUCUGUGGAAUUUUUAAACUCAAUCAAAAAAAGUUGUCUUUAUUUAGACUUUCAACAUUCAGGUCUUUUUCUAAAGAUGUAAUAAAAUCUACAAGACAAAGAGCUGAAUUAGCCAUUUUAAUUGAGAGUUAUAUAAAGUUAAUAUUUGAUCAUGCGCAUGAAUUUUAUUUUUGAUUUCCUUUUGAAAGUUUUUCUUUCUAUUUUUCCUAUGAAUGUAAAAAAUAUAAGAUUCUACCUUGUUUUAGAGCUAUAUUUUUAUUGUAAAUAUGUAAUAUACAAUAUUAUUUAUUCUCAUUAACUUUAUGGUGCUACAUUAUUAAUGUAGUUAAUUGGGUUAUGUAUGUGUUCAUUACAACUUUAUAUUUCAUUUGAAUACAAGUUUUGCAAGCUUUGUUUUUAUUUGUAUAUCUUUUUCUCUUUUUUUGUGAAAAACAGAUGAAUGAAUAAUUUGUAUUGAAGAAAAAUCAACCCAGAUCAAAUGAAUUUGAAAAUUUGUAUUUAGAAAUUGUUCAUCAAUGUUUUGGCAAACAUUAAAAUGUUUAAUUCUCUAAUUUCAUUGAUGAAUAGUGUAAAAGUAUGCCAAUAAAAUAAAUUGUUUAUUUCAUGAUAUAUAACUUUAUUUAUUUUUUAUAUUUUUCACAUUUUUUUAUCAGAUUAUCUUUUA